AUGCCUAUAAUACAAUCCAGGGGAACUGUUUUUACAGUAGAUAGUUGUCCGGGAAACAUUUCCGAGGUUGAAGAUGCUUCCCAAAGACUGAACUGUUCUGAAAUUGACAAGUUUGAAAACAUAUAUCAUUGUCUACCACUGUCGGACUUGUCUCAGCUUGUGGAAUUGUGUUACCAAACCAGCUUUAUGAUUGAAAAGGGUAAUUGCAUGGUUCUACAAUCCGGAUUUUUAAACAACCGAUCAUGUCUACAUUUUACUGAAGGCUGUCCCAAGAAGCACUACCAAUCCAAAUUGAUGCUGAAAUUGCUCUGUUUAUGUUUUGUUUGGAAACGAAAACGUUCUCGUAAUUCCAAUGAAAAGCAAACUGGAGGAAUUAGGAUGAAUUUACUGCAGAGUCAAUAUUCAGAAAUGGAAGCUUUAUUACAGAAGAAAGAAAAUGAAGACCGGAGUGAAGGAGGUACAACCCUAAUUGAAGAUAUCUUGAAAAGUUGGCGAGAAGAUAACUCACAGUUUGUCCCAACAACCGCAUGUAAUUUUGUAGAAGAAAAAAUUAAAAGUCAAAACCUGGUAACGGUUGUCGGAAAUUCUGGAUGCGGAAAAACUGCAACUAUUCAACACAUCGCACUGAAGUUUGAAGAAAAUGGAUGGAAUAUCAAACCUGUCGAUGAGGUAAAAGAAAUAAAAGAAAUAUGUUCUCUUGAAAUAUCGCAAAAUAAUCGAAUAUUGUUUGUUCUAAAUGAUCCUAUUGGUAAGGAGUCAUUAGAUGACGUUUCAUAUAAUUCAUGGAAAACGUAUGAGAACACGCUAGCGACUUGCUUAAAGAAGGUAAAAUUAUUAGUGUCAUGUAGGAGAUGUGUCAUUUAUGACAAAAGAUUAGAAGGAAUUCUCAAAAAGGACUCAAACAUAGUAGAAAUUGACAGCGAGAAAUGGAAACUGUCAGCGGAAGAGAAAAGAAAGAUCCUAAAUAAAUACUGUCAACAUAUGCAUUUGUCUGAGGAAAAUAUCAAAGAAAUUAUUAGAUCAGAAGCUUAUUUUCCCUUGCUUUGUAAAUUGUUUUCAAAUGAAUCAACUUACAAAAAGAAAGGAAUAUGUUUAUUUAAACACCCCUUUGAAAUCAUGAAAAAGGACAUCGUACGUUUGAAAGAAUUAGAUAAAAAGAAAUAUUGCGGCUUAAUUUUGAUUGUGGUUUUUAACAAUAACUUGAAUGUUGAAACCAUCAGAGGCAAGGACAAUUCUUUCCAGAAAUACAGAGACAUUUUAAGAAUAUGUGAACUAUCAGAAAAUACAAAUAUAGCAGUCAUUCGCAGUACCCUCCAUCAACUUAAAGGGUCACUGGUCAAAUGUGUCGGACAUACUUUCCAAUUCCUUCACGAUUUCAUCAUGGAAAUAUCGACAUUGGUACUUGGUGUCGAUUGCCCAAAAGAGACAAUACAGUACGCAGACAGUAGUUUUCUGCGACGUCGGAUGAGAAUAGACGACGAUACAGAAGAGAAAGAUCGAGAUCCCUUCACUGUUUACCUGCCUGAAGAAUACAUUGGAGAUCUUGUGGACAGGUUUAUUAUUGACAUGCAAACACAACACCUUGUAGAUGUUCUGCUCAAUCCAUGUUUAAGGAAAAAGAAUGUGAUCAAAUCUUUUAAGGAAAAAGUUGAUUCACCCGGAAAGCUUCUUGUCAGAAUUAAAUGUGAAAUAGACAGAUCGGAAUUUUCAAAAUCAUUUGAAGGCACUGGAUUGUCAAGGCUUGGUUUCCUUGAUUUGUACUGUGAAAUAUGUCCUUUGGUCGGACUUAUCGUAUUUUGUCAUAAUGAUAUUUCUUCUUUUUUCUUAAACACAAUCCCUGAAACUAAGUUGAAAGAAUAUCCAAUAUUCUCUGCUAUAUGUGCGAAUGGCGAUUUAAACCUAUUAAAUUUUCUCAGUGAGGAAUAUAAAAAAUCAGCAAUGAUCGAAACAUGGAAUUCAUUUUUACCAAUUCACAUUGCUUCUGUAUUUUAUAAUUUUUCAAUAAUUGGGGAAUUGGUAAGAUUCGGUGCUGACGUAAACAAGCUAACAACUGAUGACAGGUGGUCUCCAUUAUCAUUAACUGCUGCAAAUGACGACGAACAUAUGAAAGAAGCCGGAAUAGAUACAGAUAAGGGAGAAAGACGUAAUGCAACCAUUAUUUGCUUAUUAAACAAUGGCUCUGACAUCAAUUUAUGUACCAACGAUAGCGUCAGUCCUCUUAAUAUGGCUUGUCAAAAUGGACAUGAUAUUACGGUACAACUGUUACUAAACAACGGUGCUGACAUUAACUUAUGUAACAAGAAUGGAGUCAGUCCUCUUUAUUUAGCUUGUGAAAAUGGACAUGAUAGCACGGUACAACUGUUACUGAACAACGGUGCUGAUAUCAAUUUAUGUGAAAAUGAUGGAGUCAGUCCUCUUUAUAUAGCUUGUUAUAAUGGACAUGAUAGCUCGGUACAACUGUUACUGAACAACGGUGCCGACAUCAAUUUAUGUGAAAAUGAUGGAGUCAGUCCUCUUUAUAUAGCUUGUCAAAAUGGACAUGAUAAAACUGUUCAACUGUUACUGACCAACGGUGCCGACAUCAAUUUAUGUGAAACUGAUGGAGUCAAUCCUCUUCAUAUAGCUUGUCAAAAUGGACAUGAUAAAACUGUACAACUGUUACUGAACAACGGUGCCGACAUCAAUUUAUGUGAAAAUGAUGGAGUCAGUCGUCUUUAUAUAGCCUGUGAAAAUGGACAUGAUAGCACGGUGCAACUGUUACUGAACAACGGUGCCGAUAUCAAUUUAUGUAGUAAUAAUGGAGUCAGUCCUCUUUAUAUAGCUUGUCAAAAUGGACAUAAUAGUACGGUACAACUAUUACUGAACAACGGUGCCGACAUCAAUUCGUGUGAUAAUGAUGGAGACAGUUCUCUUUAUAUAGCUUGUGAAAAUGGAUAUGAUAGCACGAUACAAUUGUUACUGAACAACGGUGCUGACAUUAAUUUACGUAACAAGAAUGGAGUCAGUCCUCUUCAUAUAGCUUGUCAAAAUGGACAUGAUAAAACUGUACAACUGUUACUGAACAACGGUGCCGACAUCAAUUUAUGUGAAAAUGAUGGAGUCAGUCCUCUUUAUAUAGCCUGUAAAAAUGGACAUGAUAGCACGGUACAACUGUUACUGAACAACGGUGCCGAUAUCAAUUUAUGUGAAAAUGAUGGAGUCAGUCCUCUUUAUAUAGCUUGUUAUAAUGGACAUGAUAGCACGGUACAACUGUUACUGAACAACGGUGCCGAUAUCAAUUUAUGUGAAAAUGAUAGAUUUAGUCCUCUUUAUAUAGCCUGUGAAAAUGGACAUGAUAGCACGGUACAACUGUUACUGAACAACGGUGCCAACAUCAAUUUAUGUAGUAAUGAUGGAGUCAGUCCUCUUUGUAUAGCUUGUCAAAAUGGAAAUGACAGAACCGUACAACUGUUACUGAACAACGGUGCCGACAUCAAUUUAUGUAAUAAUGAUGGAUUCAGUCCUCUAAGUAUAGCCUGCCAAGUUGGACACGAUAGCAAUGUUCAGCUAUUACUGAACAACGGUGCCGACAUUAAUUUAUAUAGUAAUGAUGGAGUCAGUCCUCUUAAUAUAGCUUGUCAAAAUGGACAUGAUCAAACGGUACAACUGUUACUGAACAACGGUGCCGACAUCAAUUUAUGUGAAAAUGAUGGAGUCAGUCCUCUUUAUAUAGCCUGUGAAAAUGGACAUGAUAGCACGGUACAACUGUUACUGAACAACGGUGCCGAUAUCAAUUUACGUGAAAAUGAUGGAGUCAGUCCUCUUUAUAUAGCUUGUUAUAAUGGACAUGAUAGCACGGCACAACUGUUACUGAACAACGGUGCCGAUAUCAAUUUAUGUGAAAAUGAUAGAUUCAGUCCUCUUUAUAUAGCCUGUGAAAAUGGACAUGAUAGCACGGUACAACUGUUACUGAACAACGGUGCCAACAUCAAUUUAUGUAGUAAUGAUGGAGUCAGUCCUCUUUGUAUAGCUUGUCAAAAUGGAAAUGACAGAACCGUACAACUGUUACUGAACAACGGUGUCGACAUCAAUUUAUGUAAUAAUGAUGGAUUCAGCCCUCUAAGUAUAGCCUGCCAAGUCGGACACGAUAGCAAUGUUCAGCUAUUACUGAACAACGGUGCCGACAUUAAUUUAUAUAGUAAUGAUGGAGUCAGUCCUUUUAAUAUAGCCUGCCAAUUUGGACAUGAUCAAACGGUACAACUGUUACUGAACAACGGUGCCGACAUCAAUUCAUGUGAUAAUGAUGGAGACAGUCCUCUUUAUAUAGCUUGUCAAAAUGGACAUGAUAGCUCGGUACAACUGUUACUGAACAACGGUGCCGACAUCAAUUUAUGUGAAAAUGAUGGAGUCAGUCCUCUUUAUAUAGCUUGUCAAGUUGGACAUGAUAAAACUGUUCAACUGUUACUGACCAACGGUGCCGACAUCAAUUUAUGUGAAACUGAUGGAGUCAAUCCUCUUCAUAUAGCUUGUCAAAAUGGACAUGAUAAAACUGUACAACUGUUACUGAACAACGGUGCCGACAUCAAUUUAUGUGAAAAUGAUGGAGUCAGUCGUCUUUAUAUAGCCUGUGAAAAUGGACAUGAUAGCACGGUGCAACUGUUACUGAACAACGGUGCCGAUAUCAAUUUAUGUAGUAAUAAUGGAGUCAGUCCUCUUUAUAUAGCUUGUCAAAAUGGACAUAAUAGUACGGUACAACUAUUACUGAACAACGGUGCCGACAUCAAUUCGUGUGAUAAUGAUGGAGACAGUUCUCUUUAUAUAGCUUGUGAAAAUGGAUAUGAUAGCACGAUACAAUUGUUACUGAACAACGGUGCUGACAUUAAUUUACGUAACAAGAAUGGAGUCAGUCCUCUUCAUAUAGCUUGUCAAAAUGGACAUGAUAAAACUGUACAACUGUUACUGAACAACGGUGCCGACAUCAAUUUAUGUGAAAAUGAUGGAGUCAGUCCUCUUUAUAUAGCCUGUGAAAAUGGACAUGAUAGCACGGUACAACUGUUACUGAACAACGGUGCCGAUAUCAAUUUAUGUGAAAAUGAUGGAGUCAGUCCUCUUUAUAUAGCUUGUUAUAAUGGACAUGAUAGCACGGUACAACUGUUACUGAACAACGGUGCCGAUAUCAAUUUAUGUGAAAAUGAUAGAUUCAGUCCUCUUUUUAUAGCCUGUGAAAAUGGACAUGAUAGCACGGUGCAACUGUUACUGAACAACGGUGCCGAUAUCAAUUUAUGUAGUAAUAAUGGAGUCAGUCCUCUUUAUAUAGCUUGUCAAAAUGGACAUAAUAGUACGGUACAACUAUUACUGAACAACGGUGCCGACAUCAAUUCGUGUGAUAAUGAUGGAGACAGUUCUCUUUAUAUAGCUUGUGAAAAUGGAUAUGAUAGCACGAUACAAUUGUUACUGAACAACGGUGCUGACAUUAAUUUACGUAACAAGAAUGGAGUCAGUCCUCUUCAUAUAGCUUGUCAAAAUGGACAUGAUAAAACUGUACAACUGUUACUGAACAACGGUGCCGACAUCAAUUUAUGUGAAAAUGAUGGAGUCAGUCCUCUUUAUAUAGCCUGUGAAAAUGGACAUGAUAGCACGGUACAACUGUUACUGAACAACGGUGCCGAUAUCAAUUUAUGUGAAAAUGAUGGAGUCAGUCCUCUUUAUAUAGCUUGUUAUAAUGGACAUGAUAGCACGGUACAACUGUUACUGAACAACGGUGCCGAUAUCAAUUUAUGUGAAAAUGAUAGAUUCAGUCCUCUUUUUAUAGCCUGUGAAAAUGGACAUGAUAGCACGGUACAACUGUUACUGAACAACGGUGCCAACAUCAAUUUAUGUAGUAAUGAUGGAGUCAGUCCUCUUUGUAUAGCUUGUCAAAAUGGAAAUGACAGAACCGUACAACUGUUACUGAACAACGGUGCCGACAUCAAUUUAUGUAAUAAUGAUGGAUUCAGUCCUCUAAGUAUAGCCUGCCAAGUUGGACACGAUAGCAAUGUUCAGCUAUUACUGAACAACGGUGCCGACAUUAAUUUAUAUAGUAAUGAUGGAGUCAGUCCUCUUAAUAUAGCUUGUCAAAAUGGACAUGAUCAAACGGUACAACUGUUACUGAACAACGGUGCCGACAUCAAUUUAUGUGAAAAUGAUGGAGUCAGUCCUCUUUAUAUAGCCUGUGAAAAUGGACAUGAUAGCACGGUACAACUGUUACUGAACAACGGUGCCGAUAUCAAUUUACGUGAAAAUGAUGGAGUCAGUCCUCUUUAUAUAGCUUGUUAUAAUGGACAUGAUAGCACGGCACAACUGUUACUGAACAACGGUGCCGAUAUCAAUUUAUGUGAAAAUGAUAGAUUCAGUCCUCUUUAUAUAGCCUGUGAAAAUGGACAUGAUAGCACGGUACAAUUGUUACUGAACAACGGUGCCAACAUCAAUUUAUGUAGUAAUGAUGGAGUCAGUCCUCUUUGUAUAGCUUGUCAAAAUGGAAAUGACAGAACCGUACAACUGUUACUGAACAACGGUGCCGACAUCAAUUUAUGUAAUAAUGAUGGAUUCAGUCCUCUAAGUAUAGCCUGCCAAGUUGGACACGAUAGCAAUGUUCAGCUAUUACUGAACAACGGUGCCGACAUUAAUUUAUAUAGUAAUGAUGGAGUCAGUCCUCUUAAUAUAGCCUGCCAAUUUGGACAUGAUCAAACGGUACAACUGUUACUGAACAACGGUGCCGACAUCAAUUCAUGUGAUAAUGAUGGAGACAGUCCUCUUUAUAUAGCUUGUCAAAAUGGACAUGAUAGCUCGGUACAACUGUUACUGAACAACGGUGCCGACAUCAAUUUAUGUAACAAGGAUGAUGUAAGUCCCCUGUCGAUAGCUAAAAAAAAUGGACAUGACAGUACAGUCAAACUAUUAGUUAACAAUGUCGCCUUAUCAAUCUCAUGA